UCCCACCCUGGCGGGGGCGGCCGCGGGAGCAGGCUGGGCGCCCGCACUGCGGGGGUGACCAGAGGGCGCCGCGGGGUUCCCACCGGCGGCCGGCCGCCCUUGAGGAGCCCAGAGAGAGCUAUCCUCUGGGUCCCCGCGCGACCCGCACCGCGGGGCUGGGGUCUGGCGCAAAGGACGCGCGCCUGGCUGUUGGUAGUUCUGCAGGGGCGCGAGAUCCACCGGGAAGGAAACAUCUAGUCGGGAGGCAGUGGCAACUGGGCCCAGGAGGCUGCCCGCUCCGCACCUCGCGCUCCCGCCUUCCCAGGACCUGACGGUGAAGCCAGGCCCGGCCAGCCCGCGCGCGCUAAGGGGCCCGACCCGCCCCGCUCCGCCCCUGGCCGCCAGCUGCUGCGAGAGGUCGCCUUCCCACGCGCUCAGCCCUCGGCCCUACUGCUCCUCCACCGAUUCCACCCUCCCAGGAACAGACAGAGCCAGCCGGGGUGCGAGAGAGGCGCGGGGCCGCGGCCCGGGCCGGGGGUCUGCUUCCGCGCCAGCCUGAACGAUCCCGCGCGGUCCCAGCCUAGAUUCAGCGGUGGCGCCGGCAGCUCACCCCCUGCCUCCCCGCCCCCGCCCGCUGCGCGCCAACGCAGACCCAGGCCGCAGGGCCCUCGGGACUUUUUCACCCAGUUUUCCUUUUCCUCUGAGUUUCAUGGUUGUUUAAGAAAUUGGGUUUUGCGUUUGUGGUGUUUAAGUAUACAGCCGACCGAAGGGCUCACGCCGGGGCUCAGGGGAAAAUGAAGGCAGAACCGCGCGCUAGGGCAGCCCAGCACCCUGAAGCCCAGGUCCUAGGGGCCGACCCAGACACAAGAGGGAGGCACCCUCACCCCUAGGAGCCUCCUGGCGUUUAGGACGCGGGAGAUGCCACUUGGGACUUCGCUACUUGUCCCAGCCGUCUUUUCUCCCAAGCUUGUCCCCACUGUUCCUCCGAGGAAGGGGACGCAAUAGGGCGUGCGAAGAGAACCCGUUUUGAGCCCAGAGAGCCGGCGGGCAGACCUAGACCCUGUCCUACAUCCUGCCCUGGGAGCCGCGCGGCCCCUGGUCAGGCAGCCUAACGCGCGAAGCCCGAGCACGAGAGGGUCCUGCUCCGGCCCGGGAUGCCCAGCGCCCUUGUUGCUCCCUGAACUAGACAAAGACCUCGGAGAACCGCGGCGCCCGAAGAGCUUGUAGCUCGCAUGUGAACCCGGCCCCCAUCGCCUUCACCCCGAGAGGAAGGCAGAUUCGUUUUGCCCAUACCUCCUAGCCCGCCUGGUCCCGCCCCCGGAUCGAGCCCAGAGCAGGAGCCGGAGGCGCUGCCCCGCCUCCCCGCCGGGCUCAGGUUUCGACCCCGGGAUUAUGUGAACUGAUUGGGGGGUUAAUGAGAGCAGCGUAGCAGGCAGCCAGCUCCCUCCCAGGCCCGCGCCCGGAGCCCGGCUCUGUGGCUACUACCGGAGCACCCUGCGCUUUCCUGCGUCCUCUAAACUGUUGGUUCUCCGCGGACUCCGGACACCGCGCGUUUCCCAGCCACCGCGCGCGAAUCCGGCUCGACUUCCCCAGGGUCUCCGCCUGGCUGGGGCUGAGCAAGAAUUCGGGUAACGGUGGGCUGACUGCGGCUUCAGGAACCCUUGGAACCGAGUGGGGAGCGCGCCCGACCACCAUGCCGCGUUCGUUCCUUGUCAAGAGCAAGAAGGCUCACAGUUACCACCAGCCGCGCUCCCCGGGACCCGACUAUUCUCUUCGCCUGGAGAAUGUGCUGGCGCCGGGCGGAGCAGACAGCACCUCGAGCGCAGGUGGGGCCAAGGCGGAGCCCCGGGGCCGUUUGUCCCCCGAGUCUCAGCUGACCGAGGCCCCUGACAGAGCCUCCGCGUCCCCUGGCAGCUGUGAGGGCAGCGUGUGCGAUCGGAGCUCCGAGUUUGAAGACUUCUGGAGGCCUCCGUCGCCCUCUGUGUCUCCAGCCUCGGAGAAGUCGGUGUGCCCGUCGCUGGACGAGGCUCAGCCCUUCGCGCUGCCCUUCAAGCCGUACUCGUGGAGCGGCCUGGCGGGCUCCGACCUGCGGCACCUGGUGCAGAGCUGCCGGCCUUGCGCGGCCCUGGAGCCCGGCGCCGGCCUGGGCCUCUUCUGCGAGCGCGCCCCGGAGCCAGGCCACCCCGCGGCGCUGUACGGCCCGGAGCGGGCUGCGGGCGGCGCGGGCGCCGGGGCGCCCGGGGGAGGCGGCGCGGGGAGCGGCGCUGCCGGCGGCGCGGGCCCGGGCCUCUACGGCGACUUCGGGCCCGCGGCGACAGGACUGUACGAGAGGCCGGCGGCGGGCGUGCUGUACCAGGGGCGCGGCCACGGGCUGCACGCAGACCAGGGCGCCGGCGUCAAGGUGGAGUCGGAGCUGCUGUGCACCCGCCUGCUGCUGGGUGGCGGCUCCUACAAGUGCAUCAAGUGCAGCAAGGUGUUCUCCACACCGCACGGGCUCGAGGUGCACGUGCGCAGGUCCCACAGCGGCACGAGACCGUUCGCGUGCGAGAUGUGCGGCAAGACCUUCGGGCACGCGGUGAGCCUGGAGCAGCACAAGGCCGUGCACUCGCAGGAACGGAGCUUUGACUGUAAGAUCUGUGGCAAGAGCUUCAAGAGGUCGUCUACGCUGUCCACACACCUGCUCAUCCACUCAGACACCCGGCCCUACCCCUGUCAGUACUGUGGCAAGAGGUUCCACCAGAAGUCCGACAUGAAGAAACACACCUUCAUCCACACGGGUGAGAAGCCCCACAAGUGCCAGGUGUGCGGCAAGGCGUUCAGCCAGAGCUCCAACCUCAUCACCCACAGCCGCAAGCACACAGGCUUCAAGCCCUUCGGUUGCGACCUGUGUGGGAAGGGCUUCCAGAGGAAGGUGGACCUCAGGCGGCACCGGGAGACACAGCACGGGCUCAAAUGAGCACCUGGCCGCACGCACAGCUACACAACACUACGGAGGGCAGCCCCCACUUGCCACCAGCAGCUUCCGCAGAUCCCACCAGCGAGAUCCCCCUUCACCCUCCUCCCUGGAGCCGCCAGAGGGGAUGUUACCCUUUCAAAGCUCAGCCUGGAGUGGGAACCAAAUGACUCACUGCCCUUUGGACACACCAAAUAGGCUUCUCCACUCCUGCAGUCUCAAAGUCGAGAGGUGAUCAGAUAAAACUUUGGGCCUUACAGCCCUUCCCACUCCAGCCCUGUCCCACAGGCAGAUAGGGUGGUCCUUAAGCUUGCUUCCCUCCUUCUCUGACCUGCUCUACACAUGUGCAUGGAAGAGGAGGGACGACCAUUUGCAAGGCAGACACGUGCUAAUGUUUUGUCUGGAAUGAAGAACAAGUGUUUUGCUUUUACUCUUCUGGGGAGUCUGUCAACCCCUUCCUGCUGGGUGCUGCCUACGAAGCUCGGAGGAAUCCUUUCUCCCGUUUGAAGACUGGUUCAGAAACUGACUUGGGGAAGGACUGUCCUACUUUUGAAAUUACAAGAUCCACCGUCGUGCCUGCCCUAAGAAGGAGCAGAAGAACAGUGGACUUGGUGGUGAGAGAUUAGAGGUCCUCCCUGCAGGAGGCCUGUGGAGGCUUCCUCAGAGGCGGUGGAAGCACAGAGUGAUGCCUUUGGACACGAUGCGUCCAUUUACUUAGCAAAUGCUCCCGACCACCAGUUACCACGGUACCAGGUCCUGUGCUGGGUACUGGGGAGCCAGAGAGUAAAGUCUCAGCCUUGGCCUCUGCCCUUCGAAAAGCUAACCGUCACACCUGCAGGUAGCUGGGUCUGUUCUUUCUCUCCAAAGGAAUUCUAAGAAGACAAAAUAGAAUGUUGAAUCUACCCUUCUCACCGUUUGGAUUUUAUCAAGCAAAUUGAAAAAUAGCUGAACAGAUAGUUCAAAGGUUCUCGUGUGUAUAUUCAGUUUUUUUAUUGUUAAACUGGUAUUUUUAAGAUGUCUAAGCUAACAGGCAUGUGGGAGUGAAGGCUCUGUCUUCAACUCUUUGAACCCUCCAUAUGUAAGAGACAAAAAGUGGUAUUUUUACUUUGUUGAAGUUUCUAAAUGUUUUUAAACCUUCUGGAGUGCAUUAUGUUUGUUAAUACAUAUUUAUUAGAGUGAUGUUUUAAGUUAAUAAAGUAUUAAGACUCUUA